AUGAAGAUAGGGAGUGCUCUCCAGACGUCUUUCGUCGUUGCCAUGGUGAUACUAGUGGUCAUUGCCGGGGCGGACGCGAAAAAGAGAAACAGGAAACGCCCUCCUGAUACGCCAGGGAAACUAAAAGAUACACCAAGAAAGGGAUCAAACAGUCCACCUGGAGCAGGCAACACUCAGCCAGGACAGGACUCCGCCUUAACCACAGCAGUCCCCGCUGAAAAUGUCCCCCAGGCCGACCCGGCAGUCGCCCCGGAGGUCGAAAAUCCGUCAUCGAAAUCAAAACAAAGAGAUAAACACCGAAAUCGAGGCGGAAAACGACAUCGGGAUCACGAAGACACGGUGGAAUCGAGCGACGUUGCCGUGAAGGAGAAAGGUAAUCGAAAGAAAGAUAGGAGCGAGAAGAAGAAGCACCACAAGAAACACAAUCAGGAGGCUGCGAUCACGACGACCAGGACGACGACGACGGCGCUCUCGAUGAAUGAGAACUCGAAUGAGCUACCUGAGGAUCCAUUGGUAGAAAACGAGCCAACGAUUGUGGAGGAAACCCCGGAACCCGUUGCGGAAGGUGACCCCUUGGUUGAACCGGAGGUCGAGUUAGAUGACGACGUCGAUGCGACGAUGAUCACGACCUCAACGACGACGGUAUCUUCAAAGAAGCAUCACCGUGAUCGCGAGGCUAAGAAACUCAUGAGAGAUCAAGCUCAGACUGAACGCGAAGCCAGGAAAUUUCGCAAGGAGGAGAAGAAAAGAGAAAAGAAGGAGAAACGGAAACUCGCAAAAAACAACCCUGAUUCAGCUGAUGAAUUGGAGCUUACGGUGAACCCCACCCCCUCCCCCGUAGCCGAUGGGAUCAACCUCACUCCAUCAGGGCCAUCGCCGGUACAGACAACACAACAACAACCAACACAGACUGAACCAGAUACAAACAAAAAGGAUAAGAAGAACAAGAAGCAGAGAUUGGCUGACAACACCGAGUUAUCAAGGACAGAGAAGAGGAUACAGAGACUUGAACGUAAGAUGCGAAAACUGGGGCACAACCGGAAAAACGCAACGAGAAUCCCGUGUGAAGAUCACGAGAAUUGUCAAGAAGGUCAAUGCUGUCUCUUAAGACGAGGGAAUAAAGUAUGUCAUAUUGUCAACAAACCUGAGGGACACCAUUGCGUACAUCCUUGUAUGUGCAGUCAAGGUCUAACUUGCCUUGGAAAGAAUCAGAAGCAGAAGUCUUUAAGCAAAGGUCAUUGUCGCCGGGUUGAUAUAGCUGAAACAGUCGUAGAGGGCGGUGUUACCGACAAUCGCGCCCCUGCUAUAGUAAAUGAAGGACGGCCACCCAAUGUUGGUUAAAAAUGUAAUGUGUACACUGGUUGAAAAGAAUAUUUCCAACCAGAGGCGGAUCCAGGAUUUUCCAAGGGGGGGGGGCACAUUUUCCUGAGGAAAAUUUGACAAACAAACAAACAAUAAAAAAGGUUCUCACCUACAAAUUAAGGUCAUUUCGUCCACGUAGAACUGGCCAAAUGUGCACCCCGGAUCCACAUCUGUUUCCAACCACGGAUUUACAUUUCGUAAAUAUUGCGUUUAGCCCCCCCCCCCGCGAUAUUGGAUCUAAUAAAAAAUUUCAUUACUUGAUAUGGUUUUCAUUUAUCCCAUCACCGGCAUACAAGGAGAACCUCUUGAGGAAGGUCGUCGGGAGGGUUACUACUUUUCCUCCAGCACCCCUCCCUUUCCUCCUCCUCUUAUCCCCUCCCGCCCGCCCCCUCUCUUGUCCCCCACAUCCUAGUUACAUGUACCAUACACUCGCAGACAUCUUUUUUUGUAUCCAGAGGCAUAACUUUGUGACUUGAAUAACUUAUUUAAACAAUAAUUUAACAAACAUAUCAGGGUAAAAUGCCAGAAUGGUGACAAAAUAAGAUUUGGGCAGGAAAUGCCUUCAAUAAAAAGACAGAAUAAUUAUGAUGCUAAUGGUCCAUUUUUCAAAUAAAUUUAAAAGGAGAAAAAGGUUUGAAAUUAUAUGAAAUAAACUAUUAUGAAAACGCUUUUCAUUCUAAAUAGUUAAACUUUGGUGACAGUGUGAUGCCAAAUUGAUAUUAUGUAUAUAGGAAUAUGAACCACCCAAACGGCAAGGUUGCAUCACUUGGCUAAUUUACCUCACUUUAUCUAGGUUACAGUACGAAUAAGAAAACGGGGGAAAAUAUAAUAAUCAGUGUAAAAACUCUCAAGGGAACAUGACAUUUGCAUUAAGUUACACUUUGAAUGUUAAUUAUUUCAAUCACCAUGACUAAAUUCAAUUAUGCAAAACAAACAAAAGCUUUGUACAUUUGUAAAAAGAAAAUAUAUAUAUCGCUUAUGACAAUCGGGCUUCUUUUCAAAUACUAUCUCAAUCUGCGCAAAACUGUGAUUGUUUAGGGCUGUCAUUUUUUGUAAUAUUUAUAUGCACUUUGGUUUGUUGUAUUGCAAAAAUAUUACAUGAUUAGUAAACGCACAGUGAAGUGUAACAAGAAUUGACGUCGCUAGCCUUUCUGGUAGACAGAAUUAUAUUUCUUUAAAAUUUUUCAUGUUGAUAGUUAAAAAGUAUAAAUUGUUUGGCAUGAUUUGGGCAGGGUACAGGUUUUAAUAUUAGGACAAUUGCCCUGCUAAUAAACAAUCAGUAAAUAUUUUGUACGAUGUUAUUAUGUUGCAGUGCAAUAUGAAAAAAAAAUGUUUAAUCAUUCCAUAUCUACAUUUUAUUACUGAAUUCUAUUAUCAUUAUUCUGUUGUGAAAUGUUUUAAAACAAAGCAAUUCAAAAGUGUAAAAAAGCAAUAUUCUAGAUAAAUUACGGAAUUAAACAAUAUAGACGAAGAUUAACAAAAACGACAAAAAAAUGAAAAAUUGAUAAGUAUAUUACAAAUGUUAGGUUUAGAAAACAGUAAACAUGGUAAAUCAAUAUUACUUUUGUUUUGUUCUUGAUAAGAUAAAUUACUUUUUUUUCAGAGAAAAUAGAUGUAGAAUUAGCAAAUAUUUAAAGAUAGGCCUAAUUUCGUAUUAAAACACAUUGAUAUUCUGAAGGCUUUAGACCUUAAUAUGUUGAAAAUUAAUGUAAAUAUAUUGUUAAAGGCUAAAAAAAUUGCAAAAAGUGUUUUGUAUUGGUAGCAAAGUGAUUUUUCAUGGUAGAUCGAAAAUGAUUCUAGCACAGUUUUGUUCUGAUCAAAAUCGAAAAAAAAAUACUAUUUGUGUGUGUGCGUGUGUGUUUAUAUUCGUUUAGUGAAUGAAUUGUAUUGCUAAUAUUCUGUCUGAAAACCUUCAAAAGAAUUGAGUCAUGAUCGCCAUUGAUAGUAGGUUGGUAGAGUAUUGUGAAUGGGAAUAGAUUGCAAUUUGUUUAAAGUACAGCCCUAUCUUAUUGUGUUCUUAUUUGAUAAUGAGAAUAAUUCACGCAAGGUCUGUAUUGUCUGACUUCAAACAAAGGUACACUUUAAAAAAAGGUUUACCCAUUAUUGGGUAAAAUGGGAACAUGUAUGUUGGUUUGGUAAAAAGAUACCCAAUAUUUUGUAAAUUUUACGCAAUGUUGCGUUGAAAUAGCCCAAUAUGGGGUAAAAAUACCUAGCAAACAUGCAUGUUCCCUUUUUACCCAAUAUUGGGUAAAAUUUUACUCAGUGUUUUUAAAGUGUAACAAGCUAUUCUAGGGUGUUGCUUGGGAGUCAACUCUGUUCCUAGUCAAAUUGACUUUUUGUCCAAGUUAAUUUGACUCAGAAUUAAGUAACUUUCAGCUGAUACCACACUUUAAUCACUUAAUCUCAUAAUAGAAGAAUAGAGACCCAAGCUGGCAUUGUUCUGAGUCGGAUUUGACACCGCAGAAAUAAGAGUUUGUUUUAUUACAAAAAUAUACAAGUUUUCUGAUGGAAAGUAUCGAAAAGCGUAGUCACUGGCGGUGGACAGGGAAUUAAAUUUGACCUAUUUCAAAUUUAAUUUUGCAGUUGUUAUUGACGUAUUUUGGGCAUGAAAUUAAACAGGUUGCUUUUCACAUCGUAAGAAUUGUGCUCUUUGCAUUUAAUAUUGCGACUUUCCAUCUCCGCUUCUAUAAUGAAACUAUUGCUAAUGACAUGAAUGAAAAGCGACCAAAAUCAUACUAAGCAUGCACAGCUUAGAUGUAAAAAGAUGUUGUAAGUCAUCUCAGUUAUUGUACUAUUGAUUUCUCAUUAAUGGUAGGUAAUUGCAAGUAGCCAAUAGAUAGUUUAAAGUUAUCAUCGAAAUUAAUCUUUUUUAUUUUGAUUUCUGAAUUUCUGAGUUGCUUGUUUCGUUUUAGUAUAUUAAACGUAUCUAUAUUAUUAUUUAAUGUUACCAAGAACGAAUUACUCAAACAUGCUUUAUCGUAGCCCACAACCCGGUAACGAAAAUAUAUUUUGGGCCAACAAACAAAUAACAAUUGUAUGCUGAGAAUGCAAAAAAAAAGAAAUAGUUAAAAAAAAAUCAUUUUCUGUAGAACUUUCGUCGUUCAUAUAUGUGUAAAAUGAGUUAGAAUACAUAGAUGCAUAAUUAUUUUGGGAAAAAGAAACAUGUUUGAUAGCAUAUCGUAUCGUGAUUUUGGGCGCGAUUCAAUUCAAGUCGUUUCACAUGCUUAUUUAUGGCUAGAUGUCAUUCAACUGUUGAACAUCGCGUUAAGUCUGUUUUCAUCAUCAAAGUUACUGUAUGAAUUAAAGUGGGUUUGUAAAUACAACCGUUCAGUAUAUCUGUAUGUUUUCUCAAAUAUUUUAGUGGGCCUUGUCAAUUUAUUCCAUUGAUUAGGAUUGAGCUAUUUUUGUUUUGUUUGUCCGUAUCAAAUAAAGUUUGUUGUUUUGUAUGGUUGUGUUUGAAUUUGUAUUCAACAAGACACAUUGUACACACAUA